AUGAACGGACCUCGUCCUUCAAUACGUGCAUUUCUAUGUGACCUUCCAUCGCUGCGAACUGAUACAAAAGUCCGCUUCUUGGGCUGUGUAAGGCAUUACGAUGUCAAUACAGGCCAUCUUGUCCUAGAGCACAACUAUCCGUGGCAGAAAGAAGGACCUCAAUCGGUCUCGGUCGAUGUCAACGCGGUGCUGCAGGACCUCUCAUCAGAGGAGCUUCGAGUUGGCGCAUGGUUGAAUGUCAUCGGUUACAUCCGAGAAUCGGCAUCGCCGACCCUGUCCUUUACUUCCUCGCAAUUGAACUCCUCGCAGCCUCAUGAUGAACCUGAAGUGGCUUCAGUGCCGACGAGAGUCGCGCCUCGACCAGUGCAUGUUGAUGCCGUAAUGGUGUUUUCUGCGGGCGCCAUCGCACUUGGGGAGUAUGAGCGUAUCCUCCGCAAUGCCCAGGAUGUUGAACGACGAAUGCGUGUGUCUGGAUAA